AUGAAAAAUACUUUAUUUGACAGCCUUUAUAAUUUCUUAAUUGAUUCUUCAGAAAACCAUAUCUCCGCAGUGUCUCUUGUUUAUCUUGCAGUAAAAGAGAAUCUGCAAAUAGAAGAAAAUCAACUAAAAAGCAUAGCAGAAGAUGUGACUAAAUCUGCAAUAAAAAAAUGUGAAAGGAAUUCUUCGCAUUACAGAAUAUUUCAGAGAAUCCCUCAUCAGCCUGCAAGAACUGGAUUUUAUAUCCAUAGACGCAUGGAGGUGCUCUUUCUUGUCUUUGCAAUGGUUAUUGAAAUUACUGCCUUCAUAUUGGCCUUUAGCAUUGCCUUCGAAGCCGUUCAAACUCUUCACAAUAUUAAAUCAUUG